AUGACGACAAUUAAUGCUAGAGCCCCGCCGCCUGCCUACAGUGAGGUUUCCAAGACCGCCUCCUCUCUCAUCCCAGACGAUCAAUUGUGGGCUCUCAGGGAUUACGAUAUAGUGUAUAUUGUCGACGACUCGAGUCUGAUGUCGUGGACGGAAAAGAAGCUGGGGAUUAUUCCGUGGCCAUAUGCCCGUGACGCAUUGGCGACGCUCUCCAACAUAUGCGCCGAAUGGGAUGAAGACGGGCAAGACAUCUGGUUUCUAAAUAGACGUGAGCCAGUGUUGAACGCUACACCAGAGCGGAUACAGGAAACAUUCGACAGUCGCACGCCUAGCGGAGGCACGAAUAUGGGUCGGACUCUCCAAAGACUAGCUCAGAAAUACUUUGACAGCUACCAGCCUGGAGAGACAAAACCACUCAACAUUUUGGCGAUAACUGACGGCCAGUUUUCGGAUGAUGUGGCCAGUGUAAUUGUGUGGAUUGUGCAGCAGUUGGACAGACUCAAUGCGCCGCCCAACCAAAUGGGGAUCCAGUUUGUUCAGAUUGGCGCUGAUCCGGCUGCAAAAAAGUGUCUAAGGCUGCUUGACGAUGAUUUGAUAAAGAAAGGUCUACUGAGAGAUAUCGUGGACACCGUGCCUUGGGACAGUAAAAAGAUUGACGGGCGCAAAUUCAGUGGGAAAUAUUUAGCCAAGGUUGUGUGUGGUGCCAUCAACAAGCGCCUAGACGAGGAUAACGUGGGGAAGGAGAAGAGCCGCUGGAGAAAGUUGUUUGGCAAGACAUAG